UUUGCACUUUUUUUCAGAAUAGAAAUGGAGACCGAUACUAGCAGUCUUGAAUGGAAUAUCCGUAGUUUAAUGGUGUCAUUAUUUCAAGUUGCUUUCAGUGAAAUAGAAGCUAACAUUAUGUCUGGCGCACAAAUAGAUAAUGGUAUCGAGACUGAAAUACCACUGAAGAACAAUGAAGAAGAUACAACAGACGACGACGAAUGCGCUGCUUUUUACAAAUCCGUCAGAGAUGCUGAAUAUAAUAGACUUGUUGACGCAUAUGCCAGAGAAAAGAUAAUCCAGGAAGAAAAGGAGAGGAAUAGGUUAGCAAGAGACCAAGAAGAGAUAAUUUUAACCAAAGAAAUAGCAGACGACGAUGAAUGUGCUGCUUUUUACAAAUCCGUCAGAGAUGCUGAAUACAAGAAACUUGUUGAUGCAUAUGCCAGAGAAAAGAUAAUCCAGGAAGAAAAGGAGAGGAAUAAGUUAGCAAGAGACCAAGAAGAGAUAAUUUUAACCAAAGAAAUAGCAGACGACGAUGAAUGUGCUGCUUUUUAAAAAUCCGUCAGAGAAGCUGAAUACAACAAACUUGUUGACGCAUAUGCCAGAGAAAAGAUAAUCCAGGAAGAAAAGGAGAGAAAUAGGUUAGCAAGAGACCAAGAAGAGAUAAUUUUAACCAAAGAAAUAGCAGACGACGAUGAAUGUGCUGCUUUUUACAAAUCCGUCAGAGAUGCUGAAUACAACAAACUAGUUGACGCAUAUGCCAAAGAGAAAACAAUCAAAGAAGAAA